AAUGUGUGUGUAGAAUUGAAAUGUGAAAUAAUAAGAUAUUUCUGAGUCAUCAACAUCUGAUUGAAAUGUGAAAUAAUAAGAUAUUUGUGAGCCAUCAACAUCUGAUUGAAAUGUGAAAUAAUAAGAUAUUUGUGAGCCAUCAACAUCUGAUUGAAAUGUGAAAUAAUAAGAUAUUUCUGAGCCAUCAACAUCUGAUUGAAAUGUGAAAUAAUAAGAUAUUUGUGAGCCAUCAACAUCUGAUUGAAAUGUAAAAUAAUAAGAUAUUUGUGAGCCAUCAACAUCUGAUUGAAAGCAUAUGUUUUAAUCUCAAAUGAACUGGAAAAGAUGGAAACUGUUGAAAAAAGAAAACUAUUCUCAAGAUUUUCUAAAUUAAAAUCCAGAUUUGAAUUUACUCUACGUGGAAUGAUUUCUACUUUAGCUCACAAAAGAGAUUUUGCUCCAGAUAGGCCUAACAUCACGCUCACCAGAUAUUCGAAACUGAGCUUAGAUGACUCAGAUUCUUCAGAUUCCGGAAAGCUCAUUGAGCCAAGUCACGUCAUACUUGCGCAACCCGUCGAUCAAGAACUGUGGUCGGAAUUAUGUAGACCAAACAACCUUGUCGUUACCCAAACAAAGACACAAAAACCAUCCAAUUUGACAAACUCUAAAAUUCUCGAAGAUUUUGCCAAUUUUGAUCAGAAUGUGAAAAGUAACAAAUCUCCUAGUUUUCAAGAUAUGUCCUGGUCAUGUACCCUCACCCCAUCAUCACCAGAAUCUAAGGGGGCCAUCACCCCUGGCACCCCCCAAUCUAGCUGGGGGGUCUCUUUCCCCUCUACCACCAAAUCCAAACCACCACGAGGCACUAGAUCAAACUCAAUUUCUCCAAGUGAAACUCUCUCCUCCUCGCUAGCAAUCUUGAGUGCAGAACCCCUCCCCACCUCACUAUCCAACUCAAGAAGAGGACCCAUCACCCCCUCAAGUAUACAUUCCAAAUUUAAUAAACUACCCGAUAGAAAGUUGUCUAACAAACCAACUGAUAUAAAUCUAAACGUCCUAGCGGACAAAAAUAUUCCUAGUUUAGAAGAAAACGGAUUAAAUAAAUGCAGCCUAGGAACAAUGACAGAAGAUUGUUUAGAAAACAAUUCGUUUAAUUCAAGAAAGUAUUCAGAAUCCGACAAUGAUGAUGAAGAUGUCACCUGUAACGUCUGUGAUCGGUCCUUUGCUACAUCACGUGCUCUUGUAAAUCAUAAGAUAAAAACGAGACAUUGGGG